AUGCUGGAGAGUUCUUACCGUCCGCCAGCUAUUCAGGGUUCUUUUAGUGGGUACUCCGGUCAUCAGGCUUCUUCCAGUGCCUACUUCAGUGCCAUGCCAGAGAGUUCAUAUCUCCCACCAGCUAUCCAGGGUCCUUUCGGUGGGUAUUCAGACCAUCAAGGUCAGAUUUCAGGGCAACAGUCCACCGCCCCGAGAGGUUGUUAUGAGUGCGGGGAUCUUAGUCACAUGAAGAGGCAUUGCCCCAAUCUUCGGGGCAAGGCAGUACAGCAGGGUCAGCAACCUAUGAUUAUAGCUCCAGUAGCCGCACUAGCUGUCCGGCCACCUAGAGGCAGGGGGCAGGUAGGUAGGGGUCAUCCUAAAGGUGGAGGUUAA